AUGUACUCAAUAGUAACAAGAUGUAGUGCACUAUUGACUCUCACUCUCACCGCAUAUACUGCGUUAAUGCUGUUUUGUUUCCUGUCUACUGUAAGCAUCAGACCAUCAGCUUCUGUCGAUAUCAACGUUGGUCGUGCAAUAGUCGAUCGAGCUGACGAUUACACUCUUCACAGCGGUCAUCACAAUGAUUUGGGUUUAAUAACUAUUGAUUUAUCAUCUUCCUUAGAUCAUCUGUUCAACUGGAAUGUAAAACAACUCUUUUUAUAUCUUUCUGCAGAAUACAAGUCCGCAGACAACAAACUAAAUCAAGUUGUUUUGUGGGACAAAAUCAUCAAACGUGGAUCUAAAGCUGAACUGGUUUACAAAAAAAUGACCUCAAAGUAUUAUUUUUGGGAUGAUGGCUACGGAUUAAUUGGCAAUGAUAAUGUCACUUUGACUUUGUCUUGGAAUACUAUUCCUAACAUUGGUUUUCUCACUUUCGAUACUGGUAAUGGUUACCACUCGUUUUCAUUUCCCAGCCAAUAUGUCAAUAUCAAGUAGUGGAUUUAAGCGAAAU